AAUUACUAGUAGCUUGGUAGCACUGAUUCUUUUUCAGUUUUGACAGCUGUGGUGUAUAUCGCGUCAAGAUGUUGAUGCCCAAAAAGAACAGGAUUGCUAUCUACGAAUACCUUUUCAAGGAGGGUGUAAUGGUAGCCAAGAAAGAUACCCAUGCACCUAAACAUCCCGAAUUGGAAAAUAUCUCCAAUUUACAAGUUAUCAAAGCUUUGCAGUCUUUGAAAUCGAAAGGAUAUGUAAAGGAGCAAUUUGCGUGGCGACACUAUUAUUGGUAUUUGACAAAUAAUGGUAUUGAAUAUUUGAGGACCAUUUUGCAUUUGCCUCCUGAAAUUGUACCAUCAACACUUAAGAGACAAGCCAGGACGGAAACAACGCGUGCCCGUCCCACACCAUUUAAAUCGGAAACAUCUAGUAAACCCUCUGAAGACCGUGCUGGAUACAGAAGGACUCUCGGGGGCCCUGGAUCUGAUAAAAAAGCUGAUGUGGGGGCUGGUACAGCUGAUUUGGAAUUUAGAGGGGGCUUCGGAAGAGGAAAACCUCAAUAAAUUAAUUUUUUUAUUAUAAUAAGGCUGAUCAGCAAAUAAACCUUGUCGAUCGUUAA